AUGGAGAUCCGGCCGGACAGGUUUAAAGUCGUGGCAGCCAAGACUCUCGGGAAAAUAUACGGAGCUCUUGAGAAGAAGCAAGAAAAUGGCGAGACCAUCGAGCUGUCGGCGGAGGGCCGGCCGGAGCUGGUGGAGGAGAAGGAGUUACCCGUGGUGGACUGCACAUGCUUCGGCCUGCCCAGGCGCUACAUCAUCGCCAUCCUCUCAGGCUUUGGCUUCUGCAUCUCCUUCGGUAUCCGAUGUAACUUGGGUGUGGCCAUCGUCAGCAUGGUCAACAGCCACACCGUCUUUAAAGACAACAAGGAGGUCAUAGUGAAAGCACAGUUUGACUGGGAUCCAGAAACAGUGGGAAUGAUCCACGGGUCCUUUUUCUGGGGAUAUAUAGUAACCCAAAUCCCAGGAGGGUUCAUCUGUCAAAAGUUUGCAGCAAACAGAGUGUUUGGCUUUGCUAUAGUGGCCACGUCUUUCCUGAACAUGCUCAUCCCGGCAGCAGCACGGAUGCACUUUGGCUGUGUUAUCAUUGUCAGAAUAUGUCAAGGACUUGUGGAGGGGGUUUCAUAUCCAGCCUGUCAUGGCAUCUGGGCAAAAUGGGCCCCACCUCUUGAGAGAAGUCGCCUGGCCACGACAGCAUUUUGUGGUUCUUAUGCUGGGGCUGUGAUUGCCAUGCCAUUAGCUGGAAUCCUGGUCCAGUACUCAGGAUGGUCAUCAGUCUUCUAUGUCUACGGAAGUUUUGGGAUCAUGUGGUACUGCUUCUGGUUCCUUGUGUCUUAUGAAAGUCCAGCAGCCCAUCCCACCAUCACUGAGGAGGAGAGAACUUAUAUUGAGGAAAGCAUUGGAGAGUCGGCCCAAUUUACAGUCACGAAAUUCAACACACCGUGGAGGGCCUUCUUUACGUCUAUGCCAGUGUAUGCCAUCAUCGUGGCAAAUUUCUGCAGAAGUUGGACUUUCUACUUGCUUCUGAUCAGCCAGCCUGCAUACUUUGAAGAGGUGUUUGGGUUUGAGAUCAGCAAGGUGGGCAUAGUUUCUGCACUUCCCCACCUCGUCAUGACUAUUAUCGUGCCCAUUGGUGGCCAGCUUGCUGACUAUCUGCGCUCAAACCAAAUCAUGACCACCACUAACGUCAGGAAACUUAUGAACUGUGGAGGGUUUGGGAUGGAGGCAACCCUGCUGCUGGUGGUGGGCUUCUCUCACACAAAAGUAGUUGCAAUCUCAUUCCUGGUCCUGGCUGUCGGGUUCUCUGGUUUUGCCAUUUCAGGUUUCAAUGUCAACCACCUGGACAUUGCCCCACGCUAUGCUAGUAUCCUCAUGGGUAUCUCCAACGGUGUGGGCACGUUGUCUGGUAUGGUUUGCCCACUUAUUGUUGGUGCCAUGACAAAGCAUAAGACGAGGGAGGAGUGGCAGGGAGUGUUUCUUAUCGCCUCGCUUGUUCAUUAUGGAGGUGUUAUAUUCUAUGGCCUCUUUGCAUCUGGAGAGAAGCAAGCCUGGGCAGAGCCGGAGCAAAUGAGUGAUGAGAAAUGUGGCAUCCUGGAUGAGGACGAGCUUGCAAACGAGACAGAGGAGCUGUAUCACACAAGUGGCGGGGGAGGCUACGGAGCCAUGAACCAGGCAGCAGAUCCCAACGGAUCCGGAGGGAUGGGGGGAGGAGGAGGAGGCUGGGUCUCCGACUGGGACAAAACUGAGGAGUAUGUCCAACCAGGGACCAAUAAUUACCUUUAUGGAGGAGGGGGGGACCGAUAG